AUCUUCUUGGUCUUAAAGACACUUUUAAGUAUUUUAUUUACGUAGAGGAUACUUCAGCUCUCGUUUUAUCAAAGUCGAUUUAUUCCAAUGAUGAGUAUAUUUGUAAACCUCGGUCCAAUACCAUAAAUGCCUUGUGGAUUUAAUGUGUUCAUUUAAAGGCACAUAGAACUAACUCCAACUGGACUAAACCAAGUUUUAACCUGAGGUUAUUUUAUGACAUUAUACGCAUCUACACACCAUUCUUAUGUCAGUCUGCUGUAAUUCACAGCCAGUCUCCAGCCUGGGCGGCUCCAUCAGCACAUUGCGUAAACGUAAGGCGCACUUUUUGGCAACUUGGGAUGCCGUCGGCGCUAUGACCCUGCUUCCUUCCAUCUCCACAGCUCGGCUCCUCUGCUCAAAGUCUGUAAACUGCAAGGCUGGAGGAGCGCAGGGGAGGAAGUCACCAAAUAGCUGUAGUUCCAAUUUGUUACUGUUGCAGGAUCCAGGGUUUUCUUCCAGUACAGCCUCACAGAAAUUCCAGGGAUUUUUUUUCUUCUUCUCGUGUGUGAGGCUGUACAAUCUCCUUCCCGUGAAUCUUACCGCCUGUCUCCACUGGGCUCAGUUUUAAUUCUUCCUCCACUUCUUCCAAAAGUGUGCAUCUACAGCCGGCGGGGGAACGGAAUUUGAUCACUGUGAUGAAUAUUUUUCCAUUUUACGCACGCGUGUCGUCUUCCUAUCGUUUUCCACUUUAUGCGAGCGGCGUAGGACUGACUGUGCAGCCUAGUUUGAAGGAACAGCCUCGUUUUGAAAAGUUGAAGAAUAAUCACUCUCUACACACCGUCUGGAACGGUUCUAGAGGCGCCGAGCGCGGCUGAGGAGGGGAGUGGGUUUAACGCGCCGCUCCACUUUGGAUUUACGCGUAGGAACCUUUCACCUAAAUAUUACCAGUCUACACUAACCGGGUCUGUGAUUUACAUUUCCUCAAGUGUGGAUGUAACCCGAGGUAUGAUUUGCCCAACAUGAAAUAAAAGAAGAAGAAGAAAGAAAAAAAAAAGAGAGAAAACUGCCGCAAAGCUGAGACUCGAUCGCACACCAUCAUGCACCACUUCUUGGGAAAAAUUUGCUGCAAAAUCGAGGGAAGUAGAGCGGCAGCAUGACUUGUGCUCUGGAUUUCUUUGAGUCUACAUUCCGUUCUCACACAGCCUAAUAUCUUAAUGCUGUUCCAUUUUGGUUUACAAAUAUGAUGAAAUGGCAGCCCCGGAAGAAGGCAUACUUCCGACAGGGUGUUGCCCUUCAGUACCUUGGUCGCCAUGCGGACGCACUGGCCGCCUUCGCCUCUGGGCUGGCCCAGGACCCCAAGAGCCUUCAGCUGCUUGUGGGGAUGGUGGAAGCCGCCAUGAAGUCACCACUACGAGAUUCUCUGGAGCCCACCUAUCAGCAGCUUCAAAAGAUGAAGCUGGACAAAAGUCCCUUUGUGGUGGUGUCUGUGAUUGGCCAGGAGCUACUGACAGCGGGGCACCACACGGCCUCCGUGGUGGUGCUGGAAGCCGCUUUGAAGAUAGGAACGUGCAGCCUCAAGCUUCGCGGCUCCGUCUUCUCUGCCCUCAGCAGCGCCCACUGGUCCCUGGGCAACACAGAGAAGAGCCUCGGAUACAUGCAGCAAGACUUGGAGGUGGCCAAGACCUUAGGUGACCAAACUGGGGAAUGCCGUGCUCAUGGGAAUCUGGGCUCUGCAUUCUUCUCCAAGGGGAACUAUCGUGAAGCAUUAACCAACCAUCGCAACCAGCUGGUACUGGCCAUGAAGUUAAAGGACAGAGAGGCUGCUUCAAUGGCGCUGAGCAGCUUGGGCCAUGUAUAUACCGCCAUAGGGGACUAUCCGAACGCCCUCGCCAGUCACAAGCAGUGCGUCCUGCUGGCCAAGCAGUCCAAGGAUCAGCUGUCUGAGGCUCGUGAGCUGGGAAACAUGGGAGCCGUCUACAUCGCCAUGGGAGACUUUGAUAAUGCUGUUCAAUGUCAUGAGCAACAUUUGGGCAUUGCUAAAGCCCUGGAAAAUAAAAGAGAAGAGGCCCGAGCUUACAGCAACCUUGGUAGUGCCUACCACUACCAUCGUAACUUUGACAAGGCCAUGUCCUACCACACCCAUGUCCUGGAGCUUGCGCAGGAGCUGGAGGAAAAGUCCAUCGAGAUGAGGGCAUAUGCAGGGCUGGGUCACGCUGCCCGCUGUAUGCAAGACUUGGAGAGAGCCAAGCAGUACCAUGAACAGCAGCUGUCAAUCGCUGAAGGACUGAAGGACAGGGCUGCAGAAGGAAGGGCAUCCUCCAACUUGGGCAUCAUUCACCAGAUGAAGGGGGACUACGAGACUGCACUGAAACUACACAAAACACACCUGGCUAUUGCUCAGGAGCUGAAUGACUAUGCUGCCCAAGGCAGGGCCUAUGGCAACAUGGGUAAUGCCUACAAUGCUCUUGGAGCUUUCGACCAAGCAGUUCGUUAUCAUCGCCAGGAGCUGCAGAUCUCCAUGGAGGUUAAUGACCGUGCCUCACAGGCCUCCACCCAUGGCAACCUGGCUGUGGCGUACCAAGCCCUCGGUGCCCAUGAUCGUGCUCUACAGCAUUACCAGAACCACCUCAACAUCGCUCGAGAGCUGAGGGAUGUCCAGAGCGAAGCACGGGCUCUGGGAAACUUGGGAAACUUCCACUGCUCUCGAGGAGAGUUUCCACAGGCUGUGCCCUACUAUGAGCAGUACCUCAGAUUGUCCCCAGAACUUCAGGACAUGGAGAGUGAAGGGAAAGUUUGUCACAAUCUGGGUUAUGCUCACUACUGCCUGGGCAACUACCAGGAUGCUGUUAAAUACUAUGAGCAGGAUCUUGCGCUGGCCAAGGACCUUCAUGACAAACUUAGUCAGGCCAAGGCGUAUUGCAACCUUGGUUUGGCUUUUAAGGCCCUAGGAGACUUUACUAAGGCGGAGGAGUGCCAGAAGUAUUUGCUGUCACUAGCACAGUCCCUGAACAAUGCACAGGCUCGCUUUAGAGCUCUAGGGAACUUAGGAGACAUCUUUGUCUGUAAAAAGGACGUGACAGGAGCCAUUCAGUUUUACGAGCAGCAGCUGGCCUUAGCUCAUCAGGUUAAGGAGCGCAGAAUGGAAGCCUGUGCUUAUGCUGCCCUGGGGGCCACCUACAGACUAGUGCAGAAAUAUGACAAAGCUCUAGGCUACCACACCCAGGAACUGGAGGUAUACCAAGAGCUUGGUGACGUCUCAGGAGAGUGCAAAGCCCAUGGCCACUUGGCAGCUGUCUACAUGGCCCUUGGGAAGUACGCCAUGGCCUUCAAGAGCUACGAGGAGCAGUUGGAGCUUGGACGGAGGUUAAAGGAUCCUGUUGUGGAGGCUCAGGUCUAUGGAAACAUGGGCAUCACAAAAAUGAAUGUUGGGGUGAUGGAGGAGGCUAUUGGCUACCUGGAGCAGCAGUUGGCUACCUUGCAGCAGCUGAGUGGAAACGAAGCAGUAAUGGACCGGGGCAGGGCCUACGGAAACCUUGGAGACUGUUACGAGGCCUUGGGAGACUUUGAGGAAGCGAUCAAGUAUUAUGACCAGUACUUGUCAGUGGCACAGAGCCUAAAUCGCAUGCAGGACCAGGAGAAAGCCUACAGAGGCCUAGGCAAUGGGCACAGGGCAAUGGGCAAUCUGCAGCAGUCGUUGGUUUGUUUCGAAAAACGGCUGGUUGUGGCACAUGAACUCGGGGAGUGCGGUGGCAAGGCACAGGCCUACGGCGAGCUUGGUGCACUCCACAGCCAGUUAGGCAACUACGAGCAGGCCAUUUCCUGCCUGGAGCGUCAGCUGGCCAUCGCUCGCGACACCCAGGACAGACUACUGGAGGGCGAUGCCAGCUGUGGCUUGGGUGCUGUGUACCAAGCUAUGGGAGAGUAUGAGACAGCCUUGCGAUGCCACCAGAGUGAUCUGGAGAUUGCAGAAGAAGCAGGCAGCACCACACGUCAGGCCCGGGCCUACGGCAACUUGGGUCUUACCUAUGAGUCACUUGGAAACUAUGAGCGAGCGGUGGUGUUCCAAGAACAGCACCUUAGUGUGGCGGCUCAGACUAAUGAUUUGGCUGCCAAGACGUUGGCCUAUGGCAGCUUGGGGAGAACACACCAUGCGCUGCAGAACUACUCACAAGCUGUCAUGUACCUGCAGGAAGGCCUGCGGCUCGCGGAGCAGCUGGCUCGGCGCGAGGACGAGGCAAAGAUUCGCCAUCGUCUCGGCCUCUCCCUGUGGGCCAGUGGGAACUUGGAGGAGGCCCAACAUCAGCUCUACCGGGCGUCUGCACUGUUCGAGACCAUCCGCCAUGAGGCCCAGCACAGCACGGACUAUAAACUCUCGCUGUUUGACCUGCAAACCUCCUGUUACCAGGCUCUCCAAAGGGUCCUCGUCAGCCUUGGCCACCAUGACGAGGCCUUGGCUGUAGCGGAGCGCGGUCGUACGCGAGCCUUCGCUGAUCUCUUGGUGGAGCGACAGACGGGCCAACAGGACUCGGACCCCUACACGCCUGUAACAGUGGAGCACAUCUUGGACACAGUCAACAGUCAGAGAGCCUUGGUGCUGUAUUUCUCAAUGGCAGCAGGCUACCUCUACAGCUGGCUACUGGCUCCAGGGGCAGGGAUCCUCAAGUUUCAUGAGGUUUACCUCGGUGAGGGCGUGUCAGAAGGAGGGUCAGACUUCCAGGAUGGAGGUGGGGGUGGGAUGGUGAGCAGCUCUUCGCUGGAGCAGCACAUUGCCAGCGCUCGGGAGGCCCUGGGAGUCGAGUCGUACUACAGCAGGGGGUGUUCUAGCAGUGAGACAGAGAGCGAGGCGGGUGAUUUUUUGGACCAACAGUUUGAAGAACUCAACAACAAGCUCAACUCGGUCACCGACCCGACAGGCUUCCUGCGCAUGGUGUCGAGAAACAACCUGUUCAACAGGAGCUGUCAGAGUAUGACUAGCCUCUUCAGUAACACUAUGUCUCCUGCCAAAGAUGGUAACUCCUCACUGCCUCGACGCUCCAGCAACCUUGGCAAACCUCCACUGCGGGCACUUUACGAUUUACUCAUUGCACCUAUGGAGGGGGGGCUGAUGCAUUCCAGCGGGCCUGUUGGCAGACAUAGACAGCUAGUGAUGGUCCUGGAAGGAGAGUUGUACCUCAUCCCAUUUGCUCUGCUAAAAGGAAGCUCCUCUAAUGAAUACCUGUAUGAGCGUUUCAGCCUCAUUGCUGUGCCCUCCAUCCAUGGCCUUGGAUUCAGCGCAAAGACUCACUCUCGGCGUCCUGGACCAGCUCCCUGUGGUGGUGUCUCCAUGGCAGCAGUGGUGGGAAAUCCUAGACUACCCUCGCCUGUGAUGGACCGCUGGCUUUGGGGACCCAUGCCCACCGCUGAGGAAGAAGCUCUAAUGGUUGCAGAGCUACUGGGGUGUCAACCUCUUACUGGCUCAUCUGCCACCAAGGAGAGGGUGAUGGGUGCCCUCACGCAGGCUGAAUGCGCCCAUUUUGCCACCCACAUUUCCUGGAAACUGGCGGCUCUAGUGCUCACCCCAAACCCUGAAUGUGUACCUGGUGGGGCAGGUGCCACUGUUGGGGUGGGAACAAUAGGCAGAGGCGCGAGCAGUCGGAGAGGCAGCAGCGGUCGAGGCAGGAAGGGCUCCGUUGGCAGCGGCUACACCAUCCCAGAGUCUCUCAACAUGCAGGAUGACAGCAGUGAUGUGGAGAGUAUCUGUGACAGUCCGCCCCUGCAGGAGUUCCUGCUAACAGCCGCAGAUAUUUUGGACCUGAGGCUGCCUGUCAAGCUGGUGGUGCUGGGGUCGUACCAAGAAUCUAGCAGUAAGGUGACAGCAGACGGUGUUGUGGGACUAACCAGAGCCUUCCUGGCUGCUGGUGCUCAGUGUGUUCUUGUGUCCUUGUGGCCUGUACCCGUUGCAGCCUCCAAGAUUUUUGUCCAUGCUUUCUACUCUGCCCUGCUGAACGGGACCAAGGCUAGUGCAGCACUAGCAGAUGCCAUGAAAACCGUGCAGAGCAGCAAACAGUACUCUCAUCCGUCCAACUGGGCAGGAUAUAUGCUGAUUGGCAAUGACGUGAAGCUUAACAGCCCAUCUUCCCUUAUUGGCCAAGCGUUGGCUGAAAUUUUGCAGUAUCCAGAUCGAGCUCGUGAUGCUCUGAGAGUCUUACUUCAUCUGGUGGAGAAGUCUCUUCAGAGGAUACAAAAUGGCCAACGUAAUUCAAUGUAUACAUCCCAGCAGAGUGUGGAGAACAAGGUCGGGGGCGUUCCCGGCUGGCAGGCCCUGCUGACAGCCGUGGGCUUCCGUCUCGACUCCGCAGGCACUGGUAUUCCUGCUGCAGUUUUCUUUCCCACUGCUGACCCAGGAGACAGACUCCAGCAGUGUAGCACUACGCUACAAUCACUACUGGGUUUGCCGCCGCCAGCUCUCCAGGCUUUGUGCAAACUCAUCACUGCUUCAGAGGCAGGAGAGCAGCUCAUCAACCGGGCUGUCAAAAAUAUGGUGGCCAUGCUUCACCAGGUGCUAGUGCAACUCCAGACAGGAGAGAAGGAGCAGGACUUCUCCCUCCUACCCAUUCAGGUGUCCAUUAGUGUGCAACUGUGGAGACUGCCUGGAUGCCAUGAAUUUCUGGCUGCUCUUGGAUUUGAUUUAUGUGAGGUAGGACAGGAAGAGGUGGUGCUAAAGACGGGCAAACUGGCUAAUCGGCGCACCUUGCACUUUGCUCUUCAGUCUCUGCUGGCACUGUUUGACUCCACAGAACUGCCCAAGCGCCUGAGCCUGGACAGCUCAUCCUCCCUUGAGUCUUUGGCUUCGGCUCAGUCUGUCUCUAACCCAUUGCCAGUGGGAUACUCAAGCCUUCCUUUCUCUCCCCCAUGCCUGGACAAUCAAGCAUCAGAUGCCAUCUCUGUCUACAGCCUCAGCUCUGUAACAUCCUCUAUGAGUUUUGCCUCCAAGUCAGACUGUGACUUCCUUAGUCAUCGACAACGAGGGGGCGCCACUGCACACUUCACUGUUCACAAACACCCACAUGUUCCACGCAGUCGCUCGUCCCCACAAGGAGCUGCUGCUGCAGGUGCAGGAACACGAGGUGACGAAGAGGAGUAUGAGGGCUUUUCCAUUAUCAGCAGCGAGCCACUGGGCAGCCACUGUGACUCUCUGCCUCUACCACCAGGUCACAGUCAGCGACACCACCGAGGAGGCAGGGGGGUUGGUGGGUCCACAGGAGCAGGGAGAGGCUACACGGUCUCUGUGUCAUCACGGGGCAGUGUCAGCACCCCGACGUCUCCUGUCAAAACAUCCCUUGUGCCCAGUCCAAACUCGCCAUUCCAGAAGGUGGGUAAGGUGAGCAGCUCAGACACAGGCGAAUCUGACCAGUCCAGUACUGAGACAGACAGCACUGUCAAGUCGCAGGAAGAAAAACCUGUUCAUCUGGACCCUCAAGAGCUGGCCCAGAAGAUUCUGGAGGAAACUCACAGCCACUUACGAGCUGUGAGCAGUCUUCAGCGGGUUGGAGCGGAGGGCGGGACUGGACCUGCUGCGGCCUCAGCCCGGAGCGGUACGUUCCGCUCUUCCGAAACCAGUGCAUUCAGUCGUCCUAACAGCAGCGCCAGUGGUCGAGCACAGUCUUCCCCCAAGCCCAAGCCUCCCUCCCGUUCUUCUUCCCUGCAGAAGGUAAGCUCUGGAUACAACAGCCCUGCAGUCUCAGAGUCUUCCCAAAAAGAUGGUAGCCAUCCUUCCCCCACCAUGGACAGCCAUGCACAGUUCAAACUGAAGUACCCAAGCUCUCCAUACAGUGGCCACAUUUCCCGCUCUCCCAGCAAUGUGUCUCCCAGCUCUGGACACCAGUCACCAGCUGGUAGUGCUCCGUCUCCUGCUUUGUCCUACUCUUCUACAGGCUCUGCCUGUUCUACAUCAGCAGAUGCUCCAGAUCUGGACCGGCUAAGAAGAGGGGUCAUUGAUGAAAAAGUCCAAGCUAUCCAUAACCUGAAGACGUUUUGGACUAAUGCCGCAGCUCAACAGCAGCAACAUCUAGGUCCUGUCAAAGCCAUCCACAGCAAAUCCGGACCUAUUGCUUCAGCCAGUAGAGAUGUACUGAGCCUUCUAAACCUCUCCCCACGCCGCUGCUCCCCUCAUGACACCCAAGACAGCCUGGAGCUGCGGGAGCUGGGACUGCAGUCACUGGAUAGCGGUACCAAGAAUUCUUCCAAUGGACACCACUGUUCCAACCCCAGAAAAGUUGCCCCGUCGCCUACAAUUUCCACAAGCAGCAGCCCUGGUGCUCGUUCUAUCCGACUACCUGCCGGCAACGGAUACAAAUUCCUCUCGCCGGGAAGAUUUUUCCCUUCUUCUAAAUGCUGAAACGUUGAAAGUGGUUCUGUAAUUUACUAUCCUUUGUGGCAGAGGAUCAGGGCACCUCUUCAGGACCACCAUUGGCCCAUCAAGCCUAACUCAGUCUGAGGGAUUUCUUUGACUUGUAUGUUCCUGCAGAAACAGAUGAUUGAAUGGCUUGGAGACUGUCUUGUCUUUGUGCCCAUAACACUGUAAAUGGCAAUGAGAAAUACUCAACGACCUGAUACUGUGUUUGUGUGUAACUGUGUCAGGUAGCGCUAAAUGCAAUUUGAUAUUUUUUUUUUUUCCCCAAAAAAGUUGCUGUUUGUGUGGUCAAAAGAUGCAACAAACCUUAUUUCCCUCCAUUCUACUUUUUGUUUUUAAAUUUAAUUAUUAUUGUUAUUAUUGUUUGCUAUUGUUGUUAAUAUAAAAAUUAUUAUUAUUAUUAUUAUUAUUAUGUUUUGUAAAUUUAUUUGUGUUUUACAAUCAGUAUUAACUGUUUUUAUAAUUAAAAGUGAACAAAUCUGUACCGUGUAAAGAUGGAUAGAGUGAAAAAAAAUCAAUUUAAUAUUUUUUAUUGAAAUCUAGAGGGCAUUUUGCCUGAUUUCUUUGUGAUCUGAGUGUCUGCUCUGAAGCAUGGAUUCUCUUGCUAUUCAGUGUUAAGUACCAUGUAUGACUUUUUACCCCCAUGAUUUUUUUGAGAUUGAACAUGGCAGUUUCACAGCAACAAUCUGUCAUUUACCAGUAAACUGUUUCAAUAAAAACAUCAUGUUUA